AUGACUAUGGUCGAAGACAUCGUCGGUACCAAGCCGGGAGCAGUGUACAAGACCGGCCACACGGUCAAGUUCCUGGUCCUGUUUGCUAUCAAAAACUGGUUCAUUAUCGGCAUGGGAGUGGUCAUUUUGCUGGCGUACCUGUUUCCCAAUGUUGCACGAUCCCACGGAGUGCUAAGAGCCGAUAUCGCCUUCUCAUACUGUGCAGUCGCGAUUAUCUUCCUUAUUUCGGGACUAUCCAUGCCCACAAAAGUCAUGGCCAAGCAAGCCAAGCACUGGCGCGCUCACCUGAUCACCCAAGGCCUAUCGUUUGUGAUCACACCCGCGGUCAUGUUUGGUUUUGUCGUGGCCAUCCACAAGUCCGGAAACAAAAACAUGGACCCGUGGGUUCUGGUUGGAAUGAUUAUCGCCGGCACCACCCCCACUACAGUUGCUUCCAAUGUGUUGAUGACCCGAAUGUGUAAUGGAAACGAGUCCCUCGCUCUGCUGGAGGUCACAGUAGGAAAUCUUCUCGGCUCUUUUAUCUCGCCGGGACUCAUUCAGCUGUACCUUUCCAAACAUACUGGAUUUGCCUACGGAAACCCGGCAAACCACAUGAGUAUUCGAGAAUUGUACGCCAAGGUCAUGAAACAGGUCGGUCUCAGUUUAUUCGUGCCUCUGUUUGUCGGACAGGUGGUUCAGAACGUAUUCCCAAAGCAAACUAAGUGGGCGGUCACUCACUUAUAUUUGGCCAAGGUGGGCACCCUGAUGCUGCUGCUUCUCAUCUGGAGUACAUUUUCCACUGCGUUUUACGACAAGGCCUUUGAAGAAGUCCAUUAUACGACCAUGGUGAUGGUUUGUUUCUUCAACGUGGGUAUUUACCUCCUGUUCACUUUGCUCUGCCUAGGAGCAGCUCGGUUGCCGGUCAACCAUCUGCCUAAGCCGACGGAGAACUCUGGAAAGUUCUACAAGUGGUUCUACAGAAUGGCACGACCGUUCCAUUUCAGCAGAAAAGACACCUGUGCCAUCAUGUUGUGUGGAGCUGCCAAGACUGUCGCUCUGGGGGCGCCUAUGAUUUCAGCUCAGUAUGGAUCACAGUCACCGGUGAUUGGAAAGGUGUCCAUUCCCCUGACUCUCUACCAGGGCGAACAGAUUCUGGUAGCCCAGUUUCUGGUUCCUGUGUUGAAACGGUGGGUUGCUGGAGAGGAUGAUAUUCCCAAGCCUGAAGACAUUGAAGCUCCUGCAAUAACCAGUAGCAGUAGUGGCGAUGACGUUGGCCACGAGCAUACCAAGGCCGAAAGACGACCCACCCGUGAACCUUCUGUCCAGCCUGAAGCGGUCGCCGAAAAGUAA